UUAUAUUGUCUUGUAACUUAAUGCAAUAAGAUCCAUACAAUUGGCCUUUCCCUCAUCGUUAAGACCUUAUGAGUCUUUCAACAAUUAGUAUUUAAAAUACAUAAAAAUUUAGAGAACUAAAAAAGAGAUUUAAACUAUGAAAAUAGAUCUUAAUCAACAAUGACUAUUUAAGGAAUUGAUGGAGCAGCUCCUAAAUUAAAACCAUACUAAUACUUAAAUAAAGAAUAAUUUUGUAAUAGAGAUGAUGACAUUCCAGGAACUAAAUCUCGACCAUUGAUUAGAUCAAGCAAUAGAUUUGAUAAUUAAUUAAUGGUUGAUGAUAUUAAAGGAACAAGACCUUAAGUUAAUAAAUUUUCAACAAAUAGAGAACCAGUAAAUCCACUUGAACCUGUUUAUAAAAUAGCAUCUUAUGAAUAAGCUGAACCAAUUCAACCUAAAUUCAUUCGAGAUAGCUAUAAUGUUUAAGAUAUUGAGGGAGCAUAGCCAUCAUUCAUUAAUCAAAAAUUAAAAAAAUAGCCAAUUACAAUGGAAGAGGUAGAAGGUUCACAUCCGAAAUAGCGUUUCUUACCUAAGGGUAUUAAUGUAUUAAAGUGAAAGAUUAUGUUGAUUCCUUACAAGUUAAAGAUAUUAAUAACGAUUUAUUACAUAAAUAUGUUCGAAAUACAAAUCCUAUAGAUCCUGUUUAUCCACAUAGAGAUGAUGAAGGGUAUAACAGAAUUUUAAUAAAUUAGCAAUUUAGUUUAAAUAGGUUUUAUAGAAGGAAGCAAAACUAAACAGUUACAUCCUGUAACAAUAAAUAAAUUUGCUUCUUCAAUUCUAACCACAUAAGAUAUUAUUGGUGCAUAAGCUGGUUCGCACUCAUAACACUUUUUAAGAAAAAAUGAAAGGAAAGACUAUCGAUAAACUAAUAGUGUAUCUGAUAUAGAAGGUGUGAAACCAGGAUCACUUAAAAAAGGUAUUGAAAGUAAAAGAUACACAAAUCCAUUAAUGCCUGCUUAUUAAAUGCCUGGAAAUAGUGAAAUUUAGUAGUUUUAUUUUAUAUAAUUUUUAGCUCUAUGAAACCAACAAGUGUAUUUUAAAAAAAUGCCAGUACAUCAAUGUUGACAAAUGCAUAAAAAAUGGAUCUGUUUUUGCCUAAAAGUUGAU